AUGAAAAGCCCUAAGCAUAGCGAUAUAAUGUCAGGACUUGUUGAAGCAUUGCGAUCCGAUGCAGGUAGCAUCAUUUUGAAGGAUUCUUCUGCAAUCUCUAAAGAUGUCAAAGGAUAUAUAGAUUCUGUUAUCAGUAUUUGCAAAAAUGAAAAUACUAUGAAGAAAACAGAUUUAGACGAAAUCACCGUCGAUGGUUUAGAUGCGAAUCAAAUUUGGUGGCAAGUCAAACUAGUUCUUGAUAGUAUUGACGGUGAUUUGAUUGAGAGAAUUCAAGAGCUUAAAAAUGUUGCUGUGCCUUCUAACGAUCUUUCUGAUGAUGACGAUGCAAACUCGGCAGCAGAAGGAGAACCUGAGAGCGAUUCUGAGGAAGAACCGAUAUUGUCCGGUGAUGCUUUUGAGGCUGAUCAGGACAACAGCGACAGCUUUUCUGAAAAAGAUGAGGAACCUAUAUCGCAUGUCAAAGAAUCUACUAUAGAAGAAAACAAAGAAAGAUAUGUGGAAAAAGAUAAAAAGCCUUCUGAAAAAGACCAAAAAAAAAUUCCUGCUGAUCCUUAUGGUGUUAAUGAUAAGUUUUUCGAUCUUGAAAAGUUCAAUAGAGAUACGUUAGCUGCUGAGAAUUAUGAUGCUGCCGAUGCUGCUACGGAGAAUGAAGGUGACCAGAUAGAUUACUUUCAAGAUAUACCUUCAGAUGAGGAGGAGGAGGAGGCGGUCUAUUAUGAAGAUUUUUUUGACAAACCUGCAGAGAUGUCUCCAACUGAAAGCGUCGAUGUAAACGAUUUAGAAGAUGAUGAAGAGUUGAAUGAAAAGGAGCAUGAUUCCGUAAUGGACAAAGUCAAACUGGAUUUAUUUGCUGAUGAAGAGGAAGAUUCGAACGCUGUAGCAGUGGGUGUUUCAAACGACAAAAAUUUAUCUACUUUUCAAAAGCAACAAUUAGAAAUUAGCAAACAGAUAGAGCAAUUGGAAAAGGAAGCAGUUGCGGAGAAGAAGUGGUCCUUAAAAGGUGAAGUAAAGGCCAAGGACCGUCCCGAUGAUGCGUUACUUACAGAGGACCUUGAAUUUGAUAGAACGGCAAAGCCUGUGCCUGUAAUAACAAGUGAGGUGACAGAAUCAUUAGAAGACAUGAUCAGACGGAGGAUACAAGAUAGUAAUUUUGACGACCUUCAAAGAAGAACCCUAUUAGAUGUCUCACGCCAAUCUCAAAGGCCGCAAUUUGAGUUAAGUGAUGUCAAAUCCGCAAAGUCUUUAACAGAAAUAUAUGAGAACGAUUACGCGCAUGUUGAGGAUGAAUCUGCUAUAAGUGAAGAGCUUAAAAAGGCACACUCUGAAAUAUCAGAGCUUUACAGCGGCUUGGUAUAUAAAUUGGACGUGCUCUCAUCAGUACACUUUAUUCCUAAGCCAGCAAGUUCUUCCUUGGAAAUCAGAGUCGAAACACCCGCUAUAUCGAUGGAGKAUGCUCAACCACUUCAUAUGUCGAAUGCGUCUACUUUGGCUCCCCAAGAAAUAUACAAUGUCGGUAAGGCAGAAAAGGAGGGAGAAAUCCGCUUGAAGAACGGUGUUGCGAUGUCUAAGGAUGAGUUGACUAGAGAAGAUAAAAAUAGAUUACGCAGGGCUUUGAAAAGAAAAAGAUCAAAAGGUAUUUCAUCAAAUCUGAACAAAAAAUCUAAAAAGAAUGAGGUAGUUGACACUCUGUCAAGGGCGAAGAACAUCACUAUCAUUAAUCAAAAGGGUGAAAAGAAAGACGUUGCCGGUAAGACCAAAAGAAACACAUCGGGGCCAGAUAGCACUAACAUAAAACUUUGA